GCGGGCAGCGGAGUUGCUAUUGAUAUGAUUUACAAUUCUCUCUAAUGCACGCUACCCUUUAUCGGUGCCAUGGUUUUUAUACUACGCCAGGAAAGAAAGAGCUAUAUACAACAUUAAAAAUUAAGUAAAGAGCCUUAUGUUAAUUGGUGUUGGCGUUGAUAUUGUCGCUGUUAAAAGAAUCGCCGGGGUUCUUAGGAGAUCAUCAGAACGUUUUUUAAAUAAGAUUUACACCUCGGAGGAACAACUUCGGUUUCUUGAACUAAGGACAGAGCGUAAUAAAGAAAAAUCAGUAUUUUUCCUCUCUUCCAGAUGGGCACUCAAAGAGGCUGUUUUUAAAGCUCUCAGCCCUUCGACUCUUACCUGGAGGGACAUCGCCACAACUUCUAACGAAGGAAAACCGACGCUUUUAGUUAGUGAUAAACUAAAGAAUAUUUACAAAGAAAGGGGCAUUACCAACUGCUUCAUAUCCUUAAGCCACGAUUUAGAAUACUCUGUAGCCUUUGUGAUUUUUGAGUCUUAACUUUGAGGCUGCUGGCUGUAGAGGUUUUCUUUAAAUAUUACAAAUUACUAAACUUCUUGGA